AUGGGGUCUUAUAGGGAGCCACGGGGUGAUUUCAAGCCCCCACUCCAUCAAUAUCCACCUCGAUCAGCAGGUAGUUUCCUACCACAGAUGCAAGGCCAGCGACAGGGUUCUAGUGCUUGUUAUCAUUGUGGGCAGACAGGACAUUUUAUUAGCCGGUGCCCGGGGUUAGGCAGAGGUGCACCAGCUCAGCCUUCAGGAUCCAUAGCAGCCUCUUCGCCCUCAGUCUGUGCUCCCCGACCAGGUCCACAGUCUACUCAUGGAUGUGGUAGGGGAGAGGUGGAGGAGACACCUCAGCCAGUUGGCGACUAUAUUGUAGCUAAUCAUGUCUAUCGAGGUUGUACAAUGUUAAUUAAUGACCGUCCAACUUCUGUUGAUUUAGUGGAAUUGGUUAUGCUAGACUUCGAUGUCAUUAUGGGUAUGGAUUUGUUGGCAGCUUGUUAUGCUAAUAUUGAUUGUCGUGCAAAGGAUAUAGAUAAGGAGCCAGCGACUCUUCAAUCGGUUCCUAUUGUGAAUGAAUUCUCGACGGUAUUCCCUGACGAGUUUCCAGGAAUUUCCCCCGAAAGGGAAAUCGAUUUCGUUAUAGAUUUGCUUCCUGAUACGCAGCCUAUAUCCAUUCCUCCCUACAGAAUAGCUCCUUUACAAGGUGCCAAAUGCUUUUCGAAGAUCGACUUGCGAUCCGUUUAUCAUCAGCUACGAGUCAGGGAUAUUGAUAUACCAAAAACAACAUUUAGGACGAGCGAUGGUAUCAAGGUUGAUGGCCAAAAGAUUGAAGCUGUGAUGACUUGGCCGAGGCCCUUGAAUCCGACAGAGCUAGCUAGUUUGCAGGUGCGUUUGGUAGAUGCAAAGGUUGGACGCAUUCUUGUUCAGAAUACGGCAAAAUCUUCUUUUGUUACUGAAGUGAAAGAGAGACAACACGAGGAUCUGAGCUUAUAA